UUAUUAUCGAAUCGAAUACUCGACGAUGAAUGGAAUGUGGGUGCUUCCGCAUCGUCUUCCAACGGCGAUACUCGUAAUUUUGUUUUCAAUCGGACCAACGGAGCUGGUUAAAGCUUCCGAGGGCUCAACAUGCUCGAGGAACGACCGAGAUCGUUGCUCCGAGAACAAGAUGGAAGCUUUCAAUCAGUACACGGAUUGGAGAAGCGCCGGCUCUAUGCACGAGUUCACCGCGAAGGACAUACGCGGCGACGACGUAUCUCUUUCGAUCUACAAAGGGUUUGUUUGCAUUGUCGUUAACGUCGCGAGUCAGUGUGGACUCACAGACAGUAACUACGCCCAGCUCGAAGAACUUUACGAAAAGUAUCGCGAUACAAACAAGCUUAAGAUAUUAGCCUUCCCUUGCGACCAGUUCAACGGCCAGGAGCCUGGAUCGUCCGCAGAUAUAAUGAAGUUUGCAAGAACGUAUAAUGUGCAGUUCGACAUGUUUGAAAAGGUCAAAGUUAACGGGCCCGACGCCCAUCCCUUGUGGAAAUGGCUUAAGGAAAGACAGGGUGGGUUUUUGGGAAACGCGAUCAAGUGGAAUUUUACGAAAUUUAUUGUCGACAAAGAUGGCCAGCCCGUCGAUCGUUUUUCACCAACCACUCCGCCCAAUGACCUGGAGGCAACUCUUAUGGGAUACCUAUAA